CUGUUUGCUAGUGCGCAGCGGAUACACUGAGAAGAAGAACAGACAGCCACCGAUAAGGAGGAAGUACCGCUGUUAUGGCGGAGGUCGGUGAGAACAGUCGCCUCCAGGCUGCGGAAGAUGACGGGACUGAGGGAGAAAAAGUCCUCGAGCCGGCGAGGCUGACAGGUGACGACCUCUCUUUGACAGUCCCGCGGGGACUCUGGUCCCCAAAUCACGAUCGGAGGAAAAAGUUGGUUCUUCACAUAGACCUCAACAACACCAUACUGGUGUCGGACGCCAUUACGGGACAAGGAACCGUAGCUGCUCUGGACUUCUUCCUCACCACUGUUACCUGGGGAAAGAGGAACAAACACGGUAGCUGGGAAUGGCUGAGUGACUCUCCCACCUUGCUCCCACCCUGCAGUGAUGCUGUCAGUUACUACUCUCAGUUUGGACGGAUACCAGGUUUUACUUCUGUUGCCGGGAAACGCUUCAAAGGCAUUUUGGAUGAGCAUCUGGAAUUGCUCCGCUGGCCCGAAGGCGUCAAGGAAGACAGACACUUGUCGGCUAAAGGAGAAGAUGGACGACUGUACCACUGGAUCCUCCCUUCCUUCUUCCAGCUGCUCAGAGAACUGGUGCAGGAAGGAUGGGAGUUUGCCGUCCUGUUUCGCACUUUUGGAAGCGACCUACCUCGUGUGCUGAAAGCCAUGUCCCGAGCCCUGAACGACGGGGCUCAUCCACUGUUCCCCGAUCUGCCCGACCUGAAGUUGAGCGUGGACAUGACUCCAGGCAAGAUCCACUGCAGCAAGAGGGGGGUUGUCUUGAGUCGGGCUGCGGACCGUGUUUCCUCCCGAGAUGGAGAGAGAGGCUUGUACCAGUACUUGAGUUCUGUGCAGGGUCUGGGAGGUUUCCAGGACCACUUUGACUGGUGGGUUUCCAAUACCUUCUCCAUUCGUGGAGGAAAACCCAUGUGGAUCGACCCCUUCGACCAACACGUUCAGCACAUAUUUGUAGAUGAUAACAUACGGCAAAACGACGAGGAUACUAUCGUUAACCCGAAGGUUUUCUUGGACCCAGAUGGUCCUGACACUCGCACAGCCUGCACCUCUGAGCUGUAUGACAUCACUUUGAUCCAGACGGACCUCCUGCGGGCCAUUUCUGACCCGAGCUACUUCACUCAGCGCGUCCACAUUUGUCUGGAAAACUAUGAGAGGAAUCUCCAGCAGGGGGCAGGCUAGAGCACACUCCAGCUUGUGACCUGUACUAAACAGCUGAGAGGAUGCAAACACAUUAAGUCUGUAGGAUUGUUUAAGAUAAAAUGUUACUGAUGGAAUUCUACAGAUGUAGGAAGGUUACUUGAAUAUGUAGAUUAAAGGUAAGGGAUUGUAGUUAUCUGAAGAUAAAAUAUAGUUUUAUGAAUCACCAAAGAGACCAACUGAUGAGGGUGGGGUAAGUAGGAUUGCCUUUAAUCUGAAGUGGUUUAACACUACACAUACUUGAUCUACUGCAGAGCAGCAAUAAGGGAAAGUUAGCUUCUAUGAAGAGCACUUUAUAGUUAGAUUGGCCUUUCUGCCUUCCUAAGCUGAACAAAGCGUUUUUGACUGAGCAGCCAGACUGUAAUUGUAGUAAAACUCUGACUCAUCAGUGGCAGACGUUACAAAUGGUACCAAAUAAUGUGAAAACCAUUUAAAUGUGGGGUGCACCACAUUUUUUUUCCCCCUCCAGUUCUGUCUCUCAUCUCCGGGUUGUUGUGGUCGGUUUACUAAGAAAAUGAUGUUUUCAAUCAGCAGCUGAAGGCAAAGCUGAAAUAUUUCUGCAUGAUGAGUGUGACUUCUGUCUCGAAUGCAACAAUCAUAAUCCUGCUCCUCGUGUCAGCUGACUCUGAAUUUAAGCUCUUAUUGUGGUUAAAAACGACAAAGGUUCCCUGUUUGAUGUGCACGGAAGAGUAUUGGGGCCACUGAAGAAAAAAAAAAAAAUAGAAUUCUGAGAUUAAAGCCAGAAUUCUGACUUUUUUUUUCCCAGAAUUCUAUUUUUUCUUCAGUGCCACUAAUACUCUUCCAUAGAUGCGGAACUGUGCACAUACUUUCUGAUAUUUUUAGGUGAGAAUGGUCAGUAAUCAUAAAACUUUGAGACGUACCAUUAGGCGUUUGUUUGCACUCAGUUAUUCUCUGGAGGGUUUAUCAUUUAAAAGCACUUUGAGGGAAAUAUUGAACUUUUUGUGUGGGAUUUAGGAUAGUUUUGCCUUAAAGCUUUAAAAUAUAUUUAUUAGUCCUCUGGAUAGAUGUGAAUACUUUUCUUCCCAAAAUCCGAGCAGUCCGAUCUAAAAACAACACUCAAACAGAGUUUGGGCAAUGACACCAGCACUGGCGUGUCGUGCAUGACCUCCUUAAAAAGAGGACGUCCGAGUGAAUACACGGGUAACAUGAAGCUGGGAUGGGUAUUUAUUCUUGUAGAUGUGGAGGCUGUUUAGAAUGUAACCGAGGGGGAAAAAACAAAAAUGGAAAGAAAAGAAAAAAAUUAUAUCAAGUAAAUUUAAAAUAAUUUAAACCAGAUAAGUUAGAGGAAUUAGUAUAAAGACCGUAUGAUUUACUGAAAGCUAAGACAAUAACAAAAAAAAAAAAAAAUACUGAAUGUGAAAACCUGAAAAGGAGGAUGGAAAUUCAUCUUUCAUUAUCUGUACCGCUUCAUCCAGUGAAGGGUCGCAGGGAAGCUGCAGCCUAUCCCAGCAAUUAACAGGCGAGAGGCAGGUACACCUGGACAGGUCGCCAGUCCAUCGCAGGGCCAACAUCAGAAAUUCAUCUAAGCUUCUGUAGAGGCCGAGACUAAAGAUAAUGUUAAUGUAAGCGAGUAAAAAUAAUUCAUAAUAGUGUUUUACAGCAUUUCUGGUUUAGAUUUCAUUACAUUUUCAAUGUUUACAAUAAAUGGAAUGUAGAAAAAAUAUCAGUAAGACUUUCAUUAAAAUAGAAAAAAACUCAUUUACACAAAUAGUGCAGGUUUCUGAAAGAAUGAAUUAUUUUAAUAAGUAGUGCAAUGUCAAAUUCAAUUAUAUAAUUAUUAAAAUGACAAUAUUUCUAUAAAUUUGGAAAAUGUUCAUUAGACCUGUUAGAUUCAUGUUUUACUCUGGUUACUGUUUUUAUUUAUUUAUUUAGUAAAAAGUUGUAAUCAGAAUACACAUAGCUGUAUUCAAACAGUUCUUUCAGGUCGUGGAAAAGGCAGCCGGACGGAUUGAUCCACCAUCUGAAAAUAACUCGAUAUUAAGUUUAACAUGUUACUUCAUGUUUAGAUUUACACCGUUACUGUCAGUACCUGCACCUACUGAACAUAUAAUACAGAAAUGUUUAAACCUGUGCAAAUUUUCACUGAAGUGUAAUCCAGUUACAAAAGGAAAAGUAAGUGAAUGCCUGACCUGAAUAUUAACUGGUCUAGUAGCCUCAUUUAUUUUGCCUUUACAUAUUACAAUAAAUAUGUGCGUUGUUGGACAUCACUGCCUACAUGCUCCCAUGUUUCUUUAAUGUUUGCGUGGCUGUUAGGCAAUGCAUCCACUAGGGGGCAGUGCAGUGUUUGGAUUUUCCCUCAAACAUGGUGGAAGAGAUAAUGUCAUUAUAAGAGAUAAUGCUUCUUCUAAGAAAAAGACGUAAAAAGAGGCCGUGCAGUAAUCAGUGGUCUGUGUGGUCAUUAAAUGCAUCACAUGUUCCUUUUAUUCUUCGUACCCUCUGCUGGACACGAGCUCAACAUUUUCCCUGUAGUUUCCAGUGGUACUGCUCCAUUUUCAACAUCUGGAUACUUGAACUGAAUUGAAUUAAGCUAAAUGUGGCCCGAGCAGGGCCCUUAACUGCCUAACUGCUACCCGAGCACAGAAAUAUGGCAGCCCACUGCUUCCUAGUAAAUGUAGAGGUGGUUAAAAUGCAGAGGCUCAUUUCCUAAUUGGGAUGCCUAAAAUAUGUAUUAUAAUUAUUGAUAUAGAACAGAAAUGAAGGUUUACAUGUAUUUUUCUCAGGCAUGAAGGAAAUAGAACUAUUGUUUGUUUCAUAUAUAACUGGGUGACGUGUCCUCAUGGCACCACACAGGUCUGAGGUUUUAGUAUUGUCACUGUUUGCUUUAGCUUUAUUGGGUAUUUGGCCACAGUAAGUUGUGCUUUUAAACUGGUCUGAACUACGGAGGCAUUUGAUUUGCAUUUAGCAUGUUUCUUUAGACUUUUUUUUGCUUACCCACUUCCACAAAUCUAAAUUGUGAAGGCAUAUCUGGUACAUGUGGUUUUAAUUUUCAGUAAAUAAAUUAUUUGCAGACAAAGCAGAGUAAAUUACUCUCAUCACUUCACUUUCUAUUAUUUUCUUUUAACACUGAACCUCAGGUAUUCUUUUCGCUUCUAUAACUUUGAAACUUUGAGCUAAUGUGUCUUUGAAAUGAUAGAAAUGCAAGCACAAUUGCAUUGUGCUUAUUUAGCAUGAUAACUGCAGCAUUUUAUAAAUUCAGUAAUGGUAAAAACCAGUUUUGUUGCUUUUUCAUUUUUAAUAUUUUCCAUGUUGAAGGUCAGCAGUAAAUUACUGUUUAUCAGCUAACCGAUCCACUGGUUGUCAUCUAAGGUGCUGCUCCUGUUCAUUUGAAUUCAUAUCUCACCAAAAUCUGAAUUUUGGAACCUAACUAUAUUUUGUUUGCUUUUCUAAUGUCAAAUAUAACAAAACUGUUUAAUAAAAUAGUAAAAUUUU